AUGGCAGAUUUAAUACAAGAUAGUUGCAAUUUAUCGCUUCCUGAAGGUCUUAAGGACCUAAUGAGUGAUAUUACCAGGGAAAUUCUGCGAACACAGCCCGAGGAUGUAUACAAAUUCAUAGCGAACUAUCUAGAAGCUUUGAUAGAAGUACGGGAAACUCUCGCCAUUGCUUGUCGUAUUUGUGCUGAAACAUGCGAAUGUUCUUGCGAAUCUGAACUAUUUCAGGAAUUAAGAGAUAUAGGCUUGUGUGAGGAAGAUGCGGAUAAUGCUGUCAAUAUUGUACAGAAAUUUCUUGAAAGUGGAUCAGUAAAAGAACAAACUAUACUUUCCAAAUUGCUAAAAAAAAUCAACAUUGAGGAAGAACAAGUUAUUCCAAUUCAAAAAGCAAUACAGAGGGUAUUCACGCGAUACCAGCCUCGUAAAAGUAAUAUUAGAGCCGAAGACGAAUUCAUAUCUUCAGAAUUUAAGCCACCUCUAAGAACAGCUUCAUCCACUUCGUUAGCAGGAUCUUAUACUAAGAUCCCUCAGUACCACGGUAACCCUGAUCCUACAAUGCUAUCUAAGAUAUCCGAAGAGUGUUCUUCCUUUGAUUACACAAUUGAUACAUCUCAAGUUAUACAAAAAAUAACAUUCAGUAAGUCUUACUCACCGCUAACUGAAGAUGAACAAAAUGAAACGUUUGAAUGUAGUCACGAUAUGGAUAUUAUUUUAGAUAAUAAUCAAAAUGUUCAAAUAACUGGAGAUUGUAAUAUACAAGAAGACUCCGUUAGUGAAGAAAUCUACGAAGAAAACAAUUCAGAAUGUUCUUCCAUAGAAGAGUCUUUACAUAACAGCCCA